AUGCCACGGAGUUCAACAUCAAAGGAAUCGACGCUAAGUACGUCGGGCUACUGGAUGUCCACGACCGCUACAUCAACAGAAGAAGAUAGAGCAGUGGAAAAUAGAAAAAAGAAGAGCAAAGGAAGGACGAAGAAGAGCGAGAAAUCAGAGAGAAGCUCUCCGAGGUGUUCGAUGCGAUCUGACAAUACGCCCAGAAGGACGAAAGGGAGCACAUCCUCCAUCUCAUCUGCCCAAAGUCCUGAUCACUCUACGGGAACCGUAACUGGAACUCGCACCUCAAGCAGGAAAAGGUGGUCAUUGAUGUGUGGGGGAAAGAAGAAAGAAAAGCGAGCAGAAACGCCAAAAAGGAGCCAACGGAGUAGAGGGAACCGCCGAAUAUGCUGUGUGAAGGUAAUCAAAACUGAUAACAGAGCACCUUCUCCAAUGCCAGUAUUCUUCAAAAGUCAACACGAUUACAAGGAUCCUCUCAUGAUUUGUUCAUAUUGGCCGCGAGCGUCAAAGGAGAGUGCCAGGCGUUUAAUUGCCGUCAUACGCUCUGCGGAGAGAGUCGACCGAGUGUUUGGAUCAGAUUGGCUACAAACAGAAGCACCAUAUGGGAGCGUGCGUACAUUUUUGCUUCCAGAUUUGUUUGGCAAACGGGUCAUUGUAGAGUGCGGGUACAGCGAUCAUCUGCUGCCUGGAGUAUGUGCUUUGUGA